GAUCUGCGCCCUCAUUUGUCACAACUGGCGCCGGCUGCCGCUGCACCGCUCGCAACUGCUUCUCUAGAGAAGCUGCUCAGCGGGUGGAAACAGAGCGAGUGGGGAGGAGGAAGCGAUGCAAUGCAAUGCCCGGGGCUGCUCCCCAGAAACUUCGCUGCUCCUGGUGACCCCGCUCGCCAUGUGAUCCCGGCAGGGCUGAGGCUGGCUCCGAGAUGGGAACCUUAGGGAAGAGGAAAGAGAACCCGAAACCUGCACAAGGAUGCAGCACUGCCCCUAAAACAGCACUUGAACUGAAGCAGAUCAGUUCUUGUGCCUCCCAUUCAAAUCCUGCCCAGAUUACUGAGUUCAGAAUAAUGAUGCCUUUGGGACACUUAGCCAAAGGCGCCAGCCUGGAGAACCUCAUUGAAACCUGCCUUCAGUCUUUUGAUUCAGAGGGAAACCUAUGUCAAAACAACCAGCUGCUACAGAUAACACUGACCAUGCACAGAGUUAUCAUCCCCUCUGAAGAUGUGCUCCGAAAACUAAUUGAUCUAUAUCUGGAUGCUUUAGAAAAGAAAUCUUCUGGGCUUUGUGUAAAGAUAUGCUAUUUUGUAAGGUAUUGGAUAACAGAGUUCUGGAUCAUGUUCAAAAUGGAUUCUAGUCUAAUUAACACCAUGGAGGAGUUUCAGAAAUUGGUGAGAGCUAAUGGUGAGGAGUUACACUGUCGCCUAAUUGACACAACUCAAAUAAAUUCCCGGGAUUGGUCCCGGAAGCUUACACAGCGGAUAAAGCCCAACACCAGUAAGAAAAGGAAAGUCUCACUUCUCUUUGAUCAUCUAGAGCCGGAAGAGCUAUCAGACCACCUCACCUACCUUGAAUUUAAGUCCUUCCGAAGAAUCUCAUUCUCAGAUUACCAGAAUUACAUUGUAAACAGCUGCGUAAAGGAGAAUCCAACAAUGGAAAGAUCCAUUGCUCUUUGUAAUGGUAUCUCCCAAUGGGUACAACUAAUGGUACUCAGUAGGCCAACACCACAACUUCGGGCUGAAGUGUUCAUCAAGUUUAUUCAUGUUGCACAGAAGCUCCACCAGUUGCAGAAUUUCAAUACUUUAAUGGCAGUGAUAGGAGGUCUCUGUCACAGCUCUAUCUCCAGGCUCAAAGAAACAAGUUCGUAUGUUCCUCAUGAGGUCAACAAGGUGUUUAAUGAAAUGACAGAACUGCUCUCAUCUUAUAGGAACUAUGACAAUUAUCGACGUGCUUACAAUGAGUGCACUAACUUUAAGAUCCCAAUCCUUGGGGUCCACUUGAAAGACCUGAUCUCCCUUUAUGAGGCCAUGCCAAAUUACUUAGAGGACCAAAAAAUUAAUGUGCAUAAACUACAGUCUCUGUAUAACCACAUAAAUGAACUGAUACAACUCCAGGAGUUGGCACCUCCCUUAGAAGCUAAUAAAGAUCUUGUACAUCUGCUCACGCUGUCACUUGAUCUUUACUACACUGAAGAUGAAAUAUAUGAACUAUCAUACGCACGAGAGCCAAGAAGCCACCGAGCUGCACCUUUGACACCUUCCAAACCGCCGGUAGUUGCAGAUUGGGCCUCAGGCAUAGCUCCAAAACCUGAUCCAAAGACAAUCAGCAAGCACGUUCAGAGAAUGGUGGAUUCUGUCUUCAAAAAUUAUGACCAUGAUCAGGAUGGAUACAUUUCUCAGGAAGAAUUUGAAAAGAUUGCAGCCAGCUUUCCGUUCUCAUUUUGUGUCAUGGACAAGGACAGGGAAGGUCUGAUUAGCAGGGAUGAAAUAACAGCUUACUUUAUGAGGGCUAGCUCGAUCUAUUCUAAAUUAGGUCUUGGCUUUGCUCACAACUUCCAAGAGACCACUUACCUAAAGCCUACGUUCUGUGACAACUGUGCUGGAUUUCUCUGGGGAGUUAUUAAACAAGGAUAUAGAUGCAAAGACUGUGGAAUGAACUGUCACAAGCAAUGCAAAGACCUGGUUGUAUUUGAGUGCAAGAAAAGAUCCAAAAGCAUGACUGCAGAUAACAGCCCAACCUCAGCCCUCGCCUCUAGUCUCUGCCCUGUAGGAGUCAAAGAGCAAUUCCAUGGGCAGGAGGAAGGCCCAUUUACAUUUCCUAAUGGAGAAGUGGCUGAACACAAUGAAGAGAGCAAGGACCGAACAAUUAUGCUUAUGGGUGUCUCGUCCCAAAAAAUCUCAGUGAGAGUGAAGCCAGCUGUCCUUGACAAGAGCACACAGACUGAGCCAGCACUGGCAAAUAGCGCUGUACCCAGUAGGCAGAUAGAGAAGGAGCAUGGGAUGCCAUCGGAAAAUAUUUAUCUACAGCCCGCAACACCAUCUCCAUGCCCAAGCCCAGUUCUAAGCCGCAAAAAGGCUUAUGUAAAGUGGGAAAACAAGGACUCAAGUCAGAAAUGGAAGGCUGAGCAGUGCAUCUAUAAACCCUCGUACCAGGAAGUGGAGCAGGAAAGAAAUAUUCUAAAGGCCGAAAAUGAAGCUUUAAAGAUUCAGCUUAAACAGGCACACAAAACAAUUGAAUCUCUCAGUAUUCAACGCAGAAAUCAUGUCUUGGACAAUACACAACACAGAGACUGCGCAUAGCUGACAAGGCAGGAGCUCUCCUCUGGAUGAAUGUAAAAGAGAGGGCUUUUUGAACUGUGACAAAGCUGCUGUAUUCAAGUGAACAGGAACCAGAGACUGAAAGAUUUUAAACAGAAAUAUACUCUGUUGAAUCAGCGUAUUUUGCCUGUUCAAUAUACUGCUGAAUGUAUAAAUGUGUUCCUUUCUCUGACAGUAUAAAAUUUAUCUUCUGAACAUGGGAAUUAAUACAUUCUGGAAUCUCUCUCAAGAAGGGCGAUAAAGGCCCAGAAGUUUAUAUUUAUCGUCAGUAAGCAACUUCUAUGUCCAAUAUGGAUGAUGCAACUCUACAAGUAGCUACUGUUUCUAUCGAGUGCCCAGUGUCACCUACAAGUGUUCUGACAAGGUAUGUAAUUAAGUGGACACUCUCAACUCAAAUUUGCCCCAAAUUCAGGUUUUCUAACAACAAACAUUUGAUAAAUCUAAGACUUUUGAGCAAUUUUUCAUGAGAGAAAUUUCACAGUCCCAAUCAUUGCUGCAUUAAGAACUGGAAAGUGCAACUGAGUUCAUUGAUUUUCAUCAUCCAACAUUAGAAAUAUGAACUGUCUAUAAGCAGUGAAACGAAUGACGAUUUUAAGUCUUUCCUUUUUAGUGCUCUAAGAUGUGGUACAUAAAUAUUUUUUAUAACUGAUUAAAAUUAAGCAUUCCUUUAAAAUCCUUGCUUUUCGAGCUGGCCAUAGAGGUUCUAGCUACCCACACUUUUAAGCCUGCAAAACUACAAAUUAUAGUGCCUCAUACAGAGCACGAGACUAGAGAUUUCACACUGGAGUAUUGCUUCCACUUUAAUGUCCCAUGCUAUUAUUCAGGUCAAAUAGUCUUGAUACUGGCCCUGCUGGCUCAGUGGUUAAUGGUUGAAGACAGAUUUUGACAGGAGGAAAAGAUGUUGGCUAUUUUCUUUAACUUCUCUCCAUCUUUCAGUCCUUCAUUUAUAAGCGUGCAAUAUGUUCUGAUAUUAGAUUUAAUCAAAAAAAUACAAAUAUUAAAAUUAAGGAAGGGGAAUUGUCAGUCCAUGACAGCAUUUAACUGUCAUGGCCUCCAACUAUGGAACCUAUCGAAGUUGGGGAAGUACAAAGCCUCCUCGUCAUUGACAGCCUUCCUCUAUAGCUUAAGUUAUUGUUAUUUAUUAUUUCUGGCACAUCUACGGGUACCUGCUAGGGACUAGGACUUUAGUGGGCUAAGCACUGUACAAAUAACAUGAAGGCACUCCCUGCCCCAAGAGCUCAUGAGCUAGGAUUUGUUGGCAUAAAUACAAAACAGACUGUGUAUGUGAUUAUUAUGUGGUUGCCAGCAUUUCAGAAAAAAGUGGCCGUGGAACAAUUCUGAGAAGGCUGGGGGUGGGGAGAAGUUGCAUGUACAUCAUGGGGAAUUUCAGGUUAUGUUCUUGUGGGUAGUUUAGUUGACUAACGGUUCAGCUAACCAAAAUCCACAGCAAACAUGUCCCUCCAUCAUGAACCCAUCCCUCCCCAGAAAAUCUCUUCCUGCAGCUUACCUGCAAUUGUCUUCUUGGGAGGAGGACUGGAGGUCCGUAUUUCUCCCCUUGCAUGGUUCAACAAGCAGCAGCAGGAUGUUUUCCACCCUUCGUUUCUCUCUCUCUCCCACUCUUAAAGAAUUCUCCCAUUCUCUUCCCAUGGGCAGAUAAGGGGGAUGGGAAAGAGGCAUCUACUUCACAGUACCAGGGAGCCUCUAGCCUUCAUCUCUUUUUGUCUCUCUUGGGGAAGCUGCGGGGAUUUGGAGUUUCCUGAAUCACUUAGGGUCCUCCUGCCCUGUCCCCAUUCUGUAUUGAAUCCAUGUACUCUUUCCUGGCCCCAGUCCCUGAGCAUUUAAUCCCCUUCCCCAAACAUGCCCUCUCAAAAUUGUUUCCUCCAUCUUCCCCCCCCCCCUUACAUUUGUGUUAAUUUGGUACAAUGAACAGUCGCUUUCUAACAGGAGUCCUCAGCAGCAAGAAGUUCUGCCCUGCCAUUAAAUUUCCUGCCUGGCUCUCAGGACCCUGCCCUUCUGCACACAUUCUCCCUCUCUGGUCCUAGGUCAUUGGCUGGAGCAUCAGCUUGCUAAGGCCAUUUGUAAAGUUCUUCAGCUGUCUUGUCUAAAAAUUCAUGCCAUUGUGGGUCAGAUUUUUUGACACCAACUAUUAAUUUGUGCGUGUGGAACCUGCAUGUGGGGCUGUACCUAGCUCUCACUGAAAUCAACAGCAAAACCUCCAUUGGCUUAACUGGGAAAAAGAACAAGCCCUACCACAUGCAAGUCAUGUAACUGCAUUUCUGAUUUUUGCACAGGUAUAAAAAUACCUCCCUUUGUUUCUGAAACUUGGUUCUUGUCCGUAAUCCUAGUAUCCCUGUAUGUCUGUGAUAGUGCAAGAAACACACUGUAUAGGAGAGAGCUCCCCAGCCUGUGCCCUUUUGACCAAGAAGCCUGAGUGGUGGUGGUUUCAGACACUCUCCUUUCACAACCUCUUCUUAGAAGCUGAAGGUUGCUGUACCUCCCUGGGAUGAUCUGCCUGGAGUUCCCAAACAACAGUCUAGUUUUCAAAAGCCUGAUGCUCAUUUACAAGGUCCCUUUCCACUGCUCUACCGGCAUAAAGGUGUUUUAAUGUAAAUACAUUUCAGGGGAUGUAAAUUUCAUUAAGAAUAGAAAGGAAUGUAUACAGUAUUUAAUCUGACACUAAAAUUCAGCUAGAUAGGGUCUCCUUAUGACAAACUCUUAGGAAUAUGAUGUAUUUGUAUUUGCUGUGGGCUUCUCUAUACAGGGAAACUAAUUCAGAUUAAGGUAAAGCGUGAAUUUAAAGCAGAAUAGUUAUUCUUGAUUAACUCCCUUAACCCAUUUUAGAUUAAGCUAAUUGAGAAUAAGGCACUUUUAUUCCUGAUUAAAAGCCUCUACACAGGGAGUUAAUCAAGAACAAUUUUAAAUUUAAAUCCAAUCUUAAUCUGAACUAACUUCCCUGUAUAGACAAACCCACAAAAAAUAAAAAUUAGAGUUGUCUAGCAAUUAAAAAAAUUAAUCAUGAUUAAUUGCACUGUUAA